GUGCACCUUUUUAAUGCCAGAAUAAGGUCAAUAUUUUAGUCUUAACUCAGUGUUAUGUAAACAAGUUUAUAUUUCUAAACAAAAUAAUUUAGUACACUUGUUAGAACUCGGCUAUUGUCACUGGUCCCUUAACCCUUCAGGGUCAUAGGGGCACUGAAUGCUACACCAACUGUUUGUGACGGUCAUGGGCGAGGGACUGGAUUGUGGCGAAAGUUUCCCUUGUCCACUGCGCAAUGUUGUCUGUCCAUCUCUUUCUGUCUCCCUCGUCGUCUUUUCUCCUGUACAUUACCCUUGACAGUCCACUACCCCUAGUGACAUGAUCGUACCAGUUUAGCUUCAUUUUCUAUACAGUGGCCAAUAGCUCUUCAUAGUGGCUCUCAUGCUGGUUGAUGGUCUUCCGGACUUCCUCCCUUGUGACAUGUUCUGUGUGCGAGAUGCCGAGUAGUCUUCUGAUGAAACAUCUCAUUUCCACUGCUUGGAUUUUCCUCUGCAGUUCUGUUGUCUGGGCGUCCAUGUCCAGUGCAUGUAGUGAAUACAGUUUGAAUGUGAGACUGGUGUUUUUGUCUCUCCAUAUUGGUUUCAGUCCUGCCAUCACUAUUGCUGUUUGAGCAGUUCUAACGAGAAUUUCAGUCUUGGGAUACUCUUUUAAAAAGAAGUUUUCUUCACCAUGUUAACUCUAUUCUUUUUCAAUUGAUCAUUUUCUGUUAUGUACGAGUUUUUAAAAGCUAGACUUAUCAACAGGAACAUCCUGGUCACUCACCAUUAGUUACGUGGACCCUAUGAUUUAGUUAACUCUCAAAAACAAAAAUAGAAAGAAAAAACAAUCAACACGCUUAAUUUCAAUUAAUCAAGAUAUGCUGUGGAAUGGUUCUAACUGUUGCAGGAAUUCACCUAGCUUGACAGCAGCUGUAACUACAUUGUAGAAAUAGAAGGUACGCCAUCAGGAAAAAGCUUUUAAAGACGGUGACGUAUGAAGUUCAUGCUUAAAAAUCCUUCCGAAAUAGAUUCACAAUUGUACUAUCAUUUUACUAUAUUUACAGACUACAUUUUCCUUUGAAUGGCAAGAUGGAAAACGCCUAACUGUUGGAUUAAUUUCCUUCUCCUUUGCUUUAAGAAGCAUUCAUUAUAAGUAGAAAAACAGGAAGUAAAAAUAACAGGUUUUUCACUGAUAUUCUUCCUCACUUGAUGAACAGAAGACAAAAUGCCUGCCAUCGCAAGUUUAAGCUAUGUUUUUGUCUUGUCACUAUUGGCUCAGAACAUCUUGGGCUACGAAUUAAUGAACCUUGUCAAGGAAUUCUACAUUAAAGAUCAGGUUUCAUGCCGUAGUGUUGGCGGGAAAUGUCAGAAUGCAACAGAGCAGUGUAACGGUUCUUAUAUCUCUUCCAACUGUGAUAGGGUCGCUGGACUAAAAUGCUGCUCUCCAAAAAUUCAAGUUCAAGAUACUGGCGAUUGUCCGGGCCUUCCAAUUUUGUCACGUGACACAUGGGGAGCGGCUAUUCCAAAAGCCAUUGAGAAAUUGGCGUUACCUGUGAACAUGUUCUUCAUUCAUCACACGGAAAUGGAGCAUUGUGACAACACAGAGUCGUGUUCCUCCUCGAUGAGAAUCAUUCAAAGGUUUCACAUGAAGGACAGAGGUUGGAGCGACAUCGCCUAUGGCUUUUUGAUUGGCGGCGAUGGCCAAGUGUACAAAGGACGUGGCUGGGACCAUGUAGGGUCAAAUACCUACCGCUAUAAUUAUGUGUCCUUGGCUGUAGCUUUCAUUGGAGAUUUCAAUGACACAAUGCCAGGGUCUAUCGCUUUGAGUGCAGCUCAAAAACUUCUGACUUGUGGUGUUCACAGGAAUGCGAUCAAAAUAUCGUACAGUUUGUAUGGUCAUCGUGACGCCAGAAAUACGUCAUGUCCCGGUUACACGCUGUAUAAUGCGAUCCGGAAGUGGGAACACUACAAUGUUACUACAGAUGAAGAUGGACCUUGUUUGCAGAAAGGUGGUUUAUGUGGACCGACUUAUCUCCCCUGCAAAGGCAGGUAUCAUGAGGGUCUAUGCGAUGGCUACUAUAAGAGACAGUGUUGUAUUCCCAACCAAAAAGCAAAAGUAAAAAAAUUACCAAUGUCUCCAUCCACUCUGAUAGGAGGCGUCAAUUGCUAUGGAGAUUUUAUGCUUUUACGUCCGACCGGAAAAAAAUCUGGAGGAGUACAGGAAUCUCAAAGGGACGUGGACUAUCAUCUUAGUCUUGCAAAUGAAUUUCACAGCUGUUUCGUGCAAGUUGGAAAUGAAGUUUGUCUACAUCCAGCUGUUAUAGCUGGUGUUGCCAGCCGAGAAUCAAACUUUGGAUACUCCCUGACGCCAGACGGAUGGGGAGACCACCACCAAGCCUAUGGCAUGAUGCAGUGCGAUUUUCGAAUCUGCCCUGUGUGUCGGUGCGGAUUAUCUUGUACCAAAUACAAAUUUGACAGCUGUGACCACAUUCGAAUGAUGUCUAGAUAUACCCUUGUGCCCUUUAUCCAGGCUGUCAAGGUCAAGUUUCCAACAUGGCUACCACAACAACACAUCCAAGGAGGCGUGGCCGCUUACAACUUUGGGGUUGGUAAUGUCAGGUCGUGGGCAAACCUUGAUGUAGGGACAACAGGCGGAGAUUACAGUAAUGACGUCAUCGCUCGUGCGCAAUGGCUUGUCACUAGAUAUAAAUGGUAGAAGAUUUUAGUAUGGCUUGUGAAGAAUAAAUGAGGGAAUUUGUGCGUAUCAGUGGUCUGGACCAAUAUUGUAUUUAUAUUAUUAUAUAUUUUUUUUAAGCAUAUUUCUUCUCAGGAGCUCAAUAUCACAUGGCCUCUCACCUUUGGUCGGCGCGGGUUCGAAUCACACUCGCGCCGGUAAGUGAGAAAGUUUCCCAGUUUACUUUCGGAAGGUCGGUGGUCUCUUCCCAGGUACAUUGUAUCUGGGUUCUCUCUUCCACCAAUAAAAACUGGGCGCCACCAAAUAACUGAAAAAUUGUUGAGUGUGGCGGAAAACAUCAAUCAAUCAAUCUUCUCAGGAAUACUUGGGGAAAGAAUAUUUGCUUGAAUUAAUUCACCUGUAUUCAUUUGAUUUAAACAGUAUUUUAUUAUGUAUCACACGAUAGGAUCUGACGGGUACCUGUAAAGUGCGAAACGAAACGAAAUCUAACGAAACGAAAUCUACCGAAACGAAACGAAACCUACUGAAACGAAACGAAACCUAACGAAACGAAACCCACCGAAACGAAACAUACCGAAACGAAACGAAACAGAUUGUAUAACCGAACUCUUUUAAUUAUAAUAAUUAAAAAUGGUAUCUUAGGCCCCUGUGAAAGUUACCACAUAUAAAUAAAAUUCGCCUCCCCUUUGAUCGAUGUAGGCUUUCGGCUUGACUGUUACAAAGUUUUAAAAGCUGGAAAGGGGGGAGUAAGCACAAAGUACAUAUCCGUAGUUGAUUAAAUGCCAUGCACAAUUAGUUUCGGAUCCAUAAAUUUCAGAACCGAGGGUUACAGUCUCAGAGAUCUGGGGAAACACACUAUACGAGGGGUGGGGUCGCCGACGUUGGAUCCGCCUUUGGGCAUAGAUACAUUGUUUGAAGAAGCUGGUGUCUGAGAAAAUUGAAAGCAGGAAGAGCUCUUAACCUCUUAUUUUAUCUUUAACUGCUGAGGUGCGAGUACUUUCAAUAAUGGAAAAACUCUAUACAUUUUGGGUGUUGCUAAGACAGGGAAUUGAAAACGGGACGGAAAACGGAAUUUUUUUAAUGCAAUAAUAUUAGGAGGAGGUCGGCAUUUUGUAAACUGAAAAGGCUUAUGAACAAGGGAAUUUUAAGCAGAAAUCACAAAGAGAACGGGAGGACAUAUUCAGAAUCCACCGUUUGAUAUACUACAUACAAAUACACAAUAUCCACAUGUAUACAUAUAUUUGUCUUUAGAGCAAAAAAUAUUGAAACAUGUAUUCAUGCCCAAAAGCGGAUCCAACGCCGACGACCCCAUCUCUCGUUUAGUGUGUUUCCCCAGACUUCUGAUCUGUGAGACUGUAACCUUCCGUUCUGAAAUUUAUGGAUCCGAAGCUAAUUGCACAUGGUACCUAUGUACUUUGUGCUUACCCCCCCCCCCCCUUCCAACUUUUAAAACUUUGUAUCAGUCAAGUCGAAAGCCAACAUCAAAGAGGAGGCGAAUUUUAUUUAUAUGUGUAAACUUUAACAGGGGCUUAAGAUACCAUUUUUAAUUAUUAUAAUUAAAAGAGUUCGGUUAUACAAUUUGUUUCGUUUCGGUAGGUUUCGUUUCGUUUCGGUGGGUUUCGUUUCGUUUCGGCAGAUUUCGUUUCGUUUCGGUAGAUUUCGUUUCGUUUCGUUUCGAUUUCGUUUCGCACUUUACAGGUACCCGGAUCUGACAGCAGAGCCUUCUCCUGCAUUCAGUAUCAAGGACAAUAUUAUUUACACGUAUGGAAAAGGAACAUUUGUUUGAUUACAAUUCCUGUAAUUAAUCUUAUCGAAUAUGAAAUUAAUGAACAGUGUAAAUGUUUGAGGAAGUAUUUAUUAACUUACAUUGUAACGUCAUAUUAGCUGCGAUAUUUUCCCUCUAAGCCAAGCAAUUAUCAACAACAACAAAACGUACGAAGGUAUGAGAAAGCUUGUCUGGAGUUUGAAAACGUUUGUGGUACUUUCCAAACAAUUUAUUCAUCUUCAGUGAAGUAUACCUCAGUGAGGCUAAAUUUUUCCAGAAGUGCUAUUCAUUAUCAUUUUUCAGCAUAUCAAGAGCAAAUGACGCGACUCCACUGUGUAAUCAGCGAUCUCGUGAUAAUGAUUGUUUAAUAUUUUGAAAAAUAAUUCAGAUUACUUGGAACACAGUCCAAUAUCCUUUGUUCGUAUUGAACAAGGUUAACAUCCAUUCGCAACUAAGAUACACCCAAACUCUUGUAUCUGAGGAAUAAAGGAAAUCUCCUCUAUUGACCUUGACCUUUACAAUUAACCUUGAAUUCAAUAGUAUCUUUAUACAAGUUGUGUACAUGCAAGUCUGAUAUCUCUUGUACAGAACGUUCAACAAACACACCAUAUCGUGCUUAUAAACAUAAGAACUGGCAGGCAAGAGUAUCUCUUUCUGUAACAUUAAAUGUAGCUUAAUUAAUUGAGAGAGAGGGAGAGAGUUUGAUUACAUGACCAUUUAUUUACUACUGAUUUCAAUAAUUGAUUUAUUUGAAUUUGUUGCUUCAGUAAUUUUGAUAAACAUUAAGUAAUAAACAUCAAUAAUGCA